GCCGCUGAUCCUACGUUUUCGGGCCGUAUUAUUUGAUUAUAAAAUGUUUAGUUCUGAGAGAAGCCAGAUCGCAGCGGGAGCUGAUAUGAACAGGGAUUUGCACAGGCCAAACCGCGAUUGCCGGGGCCAAACUUAAAGUAAACAAAUAAUAAAAAUCGCCCAGCAGCGACGAGACGGCAGAAACCGGUUGCCACUGAGAUAGAGACACAGCAUAGCCUGAGUCACAGAGGCUUCGGAUGUGCGAAGAAAAACGUACGGAAAUCGAGGAUUCAGAAUGCCAGGAUUAUACAUUGAAUACUUUUCCUGAUCGGUUUGGGCACAGCCUUGGGUAUAAGAUACCCACGCCCACAGUGGAGCUGCUGGAGAAUAGUUUUCGCGUCUCCAUACCAGACGAAGUCGGCGUCAAGGUGGUGGCUUUUAAUGUGAAUCGCAACCGAAACUUUACUUCGUUUAACCAGGGACAAUUCAAUGUGAGAUUAAUCAAGCCGCAGAAUGGCAGGUGGUCCAGUGACUUCAAUUCCGGCGCCCUGAGAGCCCAGGAUGUGCUGUAUCUCUGGACGAGUGUCCAGCACGAAAAGGCUCUGUAUCAGGAUUUGGUUCAACCCCUGAAGGUCUAGCUAGGAGGAGAUUACCUGCCCAAGGGGUGUUCAAGCGGAGACCUCACGGAUGACAACCGCCUAAACACUGAGGAUACCGCCUCAGAGCUGCCAUCUCCUUCGGUGUGUGAGCCUUCCAUAUCGACGGUUUCUCCACCAAUCGGUGGUCCCAUCUGCAAGGGACAACUCCUGUUUGAGGAGACCUUCGAUCAGCUGAACGAGACCCUUUGGCUCCACGAAGUGCGCCUGCCCUUGGAUACUAAGGAUGCGGAGUUUGUGCUUUACGAUGGCAAGGCUAAAGCUGAAGAUGGACACCUGGUCAUGGAACCGCUGCUUUGGUCGAGUUACCGUCCGGAUCUCUCCAUAAACAAUGCCAGGCUCGAUCUGGCGGAGAGAUGUACAGGAACCCACGACCGACUCAAGGAGUGUGUGUUGCACACGACUAGGAGUGGACCCAAAGGAAUAAUGCCACCUAUAGUAACACCACGAAUCAGCACCAAGGAAUCCUUUGCCUUUCAAUACGGACGGAUUGAGAUACGAGCCCGGUUCCCGAAGGGCGAUUGGAUUGUACCGCUCCUCCUGCUGGAACCCCUGACGGAGUGGUAUGGCCAAACGGGCUACGAGUCCGGUCAGCUGCGGGUGGCCAUGGCCAGGGGUAACACCAGGCUGAGGAUGCCACACGGAACUGUGGAUGGAAGAACCCUGUAUGCUGGACCCGUAAUCACGGAUGCCCGUCAACGGGAGGAUAUGUGGGUGAGCCAGCGAAGAAAUUCCCACUUUGGCGACGUUCACACCUACAGUUUGGAUUGGAGCAGCAGCAGGCUGUUGUUCUGUGAUGGCCAGGUUUACGGGGAGAUGCCGAGUGGUUUUGCGGAAUUGGACCUUAAUCCCAGAUGGAAACAGGGGGCUUCAAUGGCCCCUUUUGAUAGAAUGUUUUAUAUAAGCUUGGGCCUUUCCGUUGGCGGCUUUGGUGACUUUGUCGACAAUCUGCGGACGGCCAAUUACGAGAAGCCUUGGCUGAACUACCAUCCCCAGGCGAAACUGCAAUUCUAUCAGAGCCAGGAUUGGCUUCCCACAUGGAAACAACCCUCUCUGAGAGUAGACUCUGUUCGUGUUUAUGCUAACUAAUCAUCUUUGAGGAGGGUCGCAAUAAAGCUAUCAGAAAUCGCA